ACAUCCAUUACUACUACAUUGCCUGUAUUAAAACACCGAAAGGUCUCUAAUUAGCAUCAAUCCUUUAAUAACCGGAAAAAUCCCUAUCGAUAUCGAAUAUCACUGCGUCCGCCUAUGCCUAAUAACCCAUAGCAAUUAGGUAUGCAGCAUCAGCGCCAUUACCGUCGCAUCCACACACAACACCGCCGACCAUAGAGCACCAUUAGUGUGGACCCCGAAAGAUGUGCUGCAGGUGUCCGCCGCUCGUGGGCCUACUCUCCUAUAUUUAUAUUUUGCUGACCGUUGUUGUGGCGUUCUAUUUCCAGCAUGCCAAAUCGAUUCACCUCGAAAAUUCUAUCCACUUCAAUAAAGAUCAACUAAAUUAUGCUGAUAUAUUUAACAUCGAUAAUAUCAAUUUGAUAUUGGAAAAUAGAAAGGACGAUGGAUUGCAUACAGAAACAAUAAAUAAUUUCUCAUUUGAUUUGGAUUUCCACGAAGAAAACCGAAUAUUAUUGGAAGGCACGGAGGCCGACACCGGCGCCACGAAAACGCAAAUAAACAACAAAAGCUUCUGCAAAAUAAUGGACAAUUACAUAUACUAUCACAUCGGCGGGCCAGGACAAAGGACGGUGGCGUCCUGCCCGUUACAGGCUGGAUUUUAUGAAAUUUACGACAAUCCCGAAUUCAAUGACGUGGAUGCGCCCAACGAAAUGCCGGUCCACAGCAGAACGUCCCGGUUAGAAUUGAUUCGUCAUGGCGAGAAAAUUGCCUGUAAACAAUUCCAAUUCAUCAGAGGAGGCCACGACAAAGGCCUAUGGGAGGAAAACGACAUUUGAGGCCUGAAUAUUAUUUCUGGAAUCUUUCCGGAUGAUUCGUGACUCGCUUUGUAUUCCGUUUGUAUUUACGUCUAUGUUCAGAUGAUAUAAUAUACAUCAGAAUCUGUGGUGUUCA